GAAUACAGGUACUAAAGUCAACGAACGUUUACGAAGUACAUACAACAUAUAACCCGGUUGAAAACUUAUAAACUAACCACAAAAUAUGUAAAUUUAAUGAAAAUUAAUUUAUUUGAAUUAAGAAGUUAAGAAAAUUAUAAUAAAAUGGCUAAUGGUCCAAUUGCCGAACGUAAUCAAGAUGCUACGAUAUACGUUGGAGGAUUGGAUGAAAAAGUUUCAGAAUCGUUGAUGUGGGAAUUAUUUGUACAAGCUGGUCCAGUUGUUAAUGUACAUAUGCCGAAAGACCGUGUUACAAUGAUGCAUCAAGGCUAUGGUUUUGUGGAAUUUAUGGGGGAAGAAGAUGCGGAUUAUGCCAUAAAAAUAAUGAAUAUGAUAAAACUAUAUGGGAAACCUAUACGAGUGAAUAAGGCUUCGGCACAUCAAAAGAAUUUAGAUGUUGGCGCGAAUAUUUUCAUUGGUAAUUUAGAUCCGGAAGUUGAUGAAAAACUGUUGUAUGAUACAUUCUCAGCUUUUGGUGUCAUUUUGCAAACUCCGAAGAUAAUGCGAGAUCCUGAAACAGGAAAUUCGAAAGGUUUUGCAUUUAUUAACUUUGCAAGUUUUGAUGCAUCCGAUGCUUCUAUUGACGCUAUGAACGGUCAGUAUCUUUGUAACCGACCCAUUUCUGUAUCGUAUGCCUUUAAAAAGGAUGCAAAAGGUGAACGACAUGGAUCCGCCGCUGAAAGGUUAUUAGCCGCACAAAAUCCAUUAUCUCAGGCAGAUCGUCCUCAUCAAUUGUUCGCUGAUGCGCCUCCAAUGGGUGGUAUGAUUCCUGCUGGUAUGCUUGGUCAUUUGGCACCACCUCCACCACCAAUGGCUAUGAUGGGAAUGGUACCACCGCCACCUCCCACAUCAGGUGGAAUGCACCCUCCUCCCCCACCACCAGUACCGCCACCAGCAUCGUUCCCAUCUUCAAUUCCACCACCACCUUUACCUCCAAUGAAUCACCCACCUUUACCACCUGGUAUACCUCCUCCAGGGUCUGCACCACCAUUACCACCUACUUCACAGUCACCACAAGCCCCUCCGCCUCCUCCACGUAUGAUGCCUCCUCCUCCACCUUGGGGUGGACCCCCACCACCUCCUGGACCACCUCCUCCCAGUGGGUUCGGUCAAGGAAAUUUCCCCCCACCACCGCCACCCGGAGCACGCCCACCACCUUCAUGGAGACCACCGCCUGGUCCUCCACCUGGUGGACCUCAAUUCCGGACACCUUUCCCACCAAGAGGGCCACCUCCACCACCAAACAGUUUUGGAAAUAAUCAAUACGAACAAUAUAAUGAAAAUUAUAGUAAUUACUAAAGUUAAGUAGCAUGAAUUAUUAAUUCAU